AUGCAGCGUGACCCUCCAAAGAAGAAGCCGGAGAAGAAGCCGGAAAAGCGGUUCUUUGACGUCGUGUCCUUCGGGAAGGACCUGCUGGCCGGCGGGGUGGCGGCGGCUGUGUCCAAGACCGCCGUGGCGCCCAUAGAGCGGGUGAAGCUUCUGCUGCAGGUGCAGGCGUCGUCCAAGCAGAUCUCCCCCGAGGCGCAGUACAAAGGCAUGGUGGACUGUCUGGUGCGGAUUCCCCGCGAGCAGGGUUUCUUCAGUUAUUGGCGUGGCAAUUUUGCAAAUGUUAUUCGGUAUUUUCCAACACAAGCUCUAAAUUUUGCUUUUAAGGACAAAUACAAACAACUUUUCAUGUCUGGAGUUAAUAAAGAAAAACAGUUCUGGAGAUGGUUUUUGGCAAACCUGGCUUCUGGUGGAGCAGCUGGGGCAACAUCCUUAUGUGUAGUAUAUCCACUAGAUUUUGCUCGAACCCGAAUAGGUGUUGAUAUUGGAAAAGGUUCUGCAGAGCGACAAUUCAAGGGUUUAGGUGACUGUAUUAUGAAAAUAGCAAAAUCAGACGGAAUUGUUGGUUUAUACCAAGGGUUUGGUGUUUCAGUACAGGGCAUCAUUGUGUACCGAGCCUCUUAUUUUGGAGUUUAUGACACAGUUAAGGGCUUAUUACCCAAACCAAAGGAAACCCCAUUUCUUGUCUCCUUUUUCAUUGCUCAAGUUGUGACUACAUGCUCUGGAAUACUCUCUUAUCCCUUUGACACAGUUAGAAGACGUAUGAUGAUGCAGAGCGGUGAGACUGAACGGCAGUAUAAAGGAACUAUAGACUGCUUUGUGAAGAUAUACCAACACGAGGGAUUCAUUGCAUUUUUUCGUGGUGCCUUCUCCAAUGUCCUUCGUGGUACAGGAGGCGCUUUAGUGUUGGUAUUAUAUGAUAAAAUUCAAGAAUUCCUUAACAUUGGUAUUGGAGGUAGUUCAUCAGGAGAUUAAAUUGAGAAAUGCAUACAUUUAACUUGUUAAACAUACAAAUUAUAUAGCUGCCAUUUGUAUAUAUUUUGAUAGUUGGUUAUUACUGUCAGUAUUUUUUAAAGUGGUAAUUCUACAAUAAAGCAUAAGCUUUUUAAAGCAUUUAAAUACUAAAAAUCAGAUAAAUGUGGGUUUCCUUCCCACUGAGACUCAAACUCACUUUACUGAGACAUUUUACUUAUAAUUAGUUUACGUUAUUUUUAUUAGUUAAAAUCUUCUUCUUUU